AUGAAUAACGCUGAAAAAGUUGAUUUGCUUUUAAUUUAUGGCGAAUGUCAACGGUUAAAUCAGGAAGGAAGAUUUCCUGGCACACAAAUAAACCAACAAAGGCAUAGAGGAAAUAUUUUUGAUGACGAUAAAGAAUUACAGGUACUAGCAUACAUAAGGGCUUAUCCACGUUCGUCAAUGAGGCAUGUUCCUCGCGAAAGUGGAGUUUCAUAUGGAGAUUCUAUUCGUAGGUUGGAAUUUAUAGCUUGGUUCAAUACUAAAUUGUAUGAUAACCCUUUAAUUGACAAUCAAUUUUUUUGGAGUGAUGAAUCAAAAUUCACUAACAAUGGAAUUAUGAAUAAACAAAAUCAUCGAUACUGGGAUGACACAAACCCACACUGGUCACGUGAAACUAAUUUCCAAACAAUCUGGGGAAUUAAUGUAUGGUGUGGGUUGGUUGGUGGAAAGCUAAUAGGACCGUUCUUUUUUGAUGGUACGCUUAUUGGCAGACGAUAUCUUAAUUUUUUAACCAACGAACUUCCAAGACUGUUAGAUGAUGUUUCAUUAGACACACGAGAACGUAUGUUUUUCCAGCAAGAUGGAGCACCAGCCCACAAUGCAAUUAUUGUUAGACAACAUUUAAAUAAAAUAUUUCCGAAUCGCUGGAUUGGUACUAAUGGCGCUGUUCCUUGGCCUGCACGAUCCCCAGAUUUAACGCCAUUGGAUUUUUUUUAUGGGGAUAUUUGA